CCAGCACUGACCUCAGAGCACGAUCUCAGCCUGCAGCUCUGAGGGUUCAGCCUGCUGUUCCUGUCAGAGGAGGGUCAGAGGGAGGACCCGAGCUGGGAGCAGUGACAGAGAUAAAGUUAGGUUUCAGUUCUGUGCUGCAGAGGACGAUGGAGGGUCUGAGGGGUCUGCUGGUCCUGGUUCUGCUGCUGGUUUCUGUGAAGCAUUCAGAGUGUGUGCGAUGUUUUGCACGCUUCAACCCGGCCACAGGUGAGUGUAAUGAGGAGAUCGGUGAAGUGGAGGAAGAUGACUGCUGUCAGAACCUGAAUUACGGUUACCUGGAAGCAGACGGAGAGUGUCAGUCCUGUGGUCUCCCUGCAUGGUCUUUGUGGUCGUCAUGGUCAUUCUGCAAUGUCCUGUGUGGGGAGGGAGUGAGGCAGAGAAGCAGGAAGUGUUUUGGCAUCGGCAAAUCAGAGUGCGAAAAUGCGCCAUUUUCUGACAAACUGCAGACUGAACCCUGCACUGGCACCUGCUGCGAUGAUGAAGGGUGGGGCCCUUGGAUCGCCUGGACUCCCUGUUCGGUCACCUGCGGAGGAGUCGGAGUCAGGAGCAGGAAGAGAGUCUGCUCCAGUCCUCCUGAGUGUCGCAUGGCUUGCAGCGGUCCUUCAGAAGAGACAGAGAGAUGUGCAGCUCACAGCACCUGUCCAGUCCACGGAGGCUGGUCUAGCUGGUUUGGCUGGUCUCACUGUUCUGCUUCGUGCAUCUCUAAAUCGGGUGGUGAUGCCAUCAUUCCCUCCAGGGUGCGACAUCGGUCCUGCUCUAACCCCAGUCCUUCUAAUAACACAUUGCCACCUGGCAACAGUUGUCCUGGAGAUGCCUUUCAGGUGCAGCACUGCAGUGAGCUCCCCAACUGUGCAGAGGAUGGUAAUUGGGGGGCGUGGGCUCCAUUUGGGCAAUGCUCAGUGUCCUGUGGGGUGGGACUUCAGCUGUCAUUAAGGAUGUGUGAUAGUCCUGCCCCUAAAUAUGGCGGCAAACUCUGUGAUGGACCGAGCACUCGGAGCACGAUCUGUCAGAGUCCAUGUCCAGUUGACGGGUUCUGGUCCGGUUGGUCGAGUUGGGGCGAGUGUUCUGAGUCCUGCAUUUCACAAGGCAGAGCUGUUCGAAGGACUCGCCAGCGCUCCUGUUCUAACCCCGCCCCUUCAUCCAACCCACCUGGUCAGGAUUGUCAAGGCCACAGCCAUCAGACAGAGAACUGCGACCACCUGCCCUUCUGCCCAGUGGAUGGAGGUUGGGGGUCUUGGUCACCUUUCAGUUCCUGUCCUGUUACCUGUGGGGUGGGACUUCAGGUGUCAGUCAGGAGAUGUGACAGCCCCGCCCCCCAACAUGGUGGUCGUCCAUGUCCUGGAGAAGGACGUCAAACCAGGCUCUGUUCAACCAAAGUUCACUGUCCAGUGGAUGGCGUGUGGUCCGAGUGGUCAGAGUGGAAGCAGUGUAAAUUCCCGGGUGGGCGGAACAUCCGCUGCAAGAAGACUGCUGGCAGCCAUUUACGAUCGCGCCAUUGUCUCCAUCGAGCUCAUAAUGGAACCAUCUGCAUCGGAGACAACCUGACCGAGAUGCAAGUCUGCUACGACAUCGAAGGCUGUGACUUGAAGGGCCGCCGGGACCCCUGGACAUCGUGGAGUCUCUGUGAACCACCCUGCGGCAAAAACUCGAUACGGUCCAGGAAGAAAAUCUGCAAGCCUGAAUACAGCGGCUACAAUCUUUACCCUCCUCGUGCGACGGGGAAAGCUUCAUUUUACGGGACACCAAAGGUCGACUGUGGCCCGUUGGCUGAUGGGGAGCAGCUGGAGCAGAGCCAGCCCUGCAUGAACGUCCCCGCCUGCACCUAACGGCACAUUCACCGCCGACUUCAACACGCUCGACACAACCGUGACCACACGGGGCCUUAUACUAACAGUCCAGAUGCUUUGAUUCAAAGAUGAUGUGUUGAGGGUGGCGUUCAUGCUGCUGUGUUAUCAGUAUUGUCACAGGGAGACCAAAGCUUCAGCAGCAGGUUUUUAAUUGUUGGUUAUUUUAAUGCAGUGAUUCCCAGCCUGCAGGUCCAGACCCUCCAUGGGUGCAGGGGACUGAUGGGAAAUGAAGCUUCUUCUGUGAACUGUUGGAUCAUUUUCCUGCUGUGUUGAACAUUGUGGUUUAUUAAACUUCUUCUAUUUCAA